GUUUAAUCGUAACAGCGCGACGAUGGAUAAAGUGGCGUCUGACAUGUCUUCGUUCUUCAACAGAACUUUGCAGAAAACCGAAGAGGCUUUUAAGAUCACGGAGAAGACUACACCGGAUCCUCAAGUGGAACAUCUGACAGCGGAAUGCAACAAGCGAAAAAAAUGGGCGGACAACCUUGUCAGCAUACUUCAAUCUGUGAUUCAACCAAGCAUAGCCGCCCGAAUAGGCGAUAUGGUGCUAAAAAAUUUGGACACGAAGAAGGAGCGACUCAAUGAUGCAGAACAACUGGGCGACGAAAUGAUUCGCAUCGGUACUGAGUUGGGUGACGAUGCUUAUGGCACUUUGCUGAAGCGAUGUGGCGAAGCCGAACAAGCCAUAGGAAAGGCAAUUUCGGAUUUCCGACGACGGGUUGAAGACGGAUAUUUGGGUGCUCUUCGCAGCUACUCCCACAACUGUGCAAAGUCUGCUCUGUCAUCAGAAUUCAACAUCGCUUUGAUGAGUUUUCUCUCGACUCUACCACGCAAUACUUGUUGA